CCCUCUUCCUCCUAAAACCCUAGUCUCUGCUCUCUCAGUCACAACAACAAUGGCUUCCCUCAACGAAGAAACCGCCAAGAAAGUUCUUCGCCAGGUUGAGUUCUACUUCAGCGAUAGCAAUCUCCCCAGAGACGAGUUUCUGAAGAAAUCGAUAAGCGAAAGCGAGGACGGGAUGAUCAGCUUGGCGUUGAUAUGCUCGUUCAGUCGGAUGAGAGGUCAUCUUGGUUUGGGGGAUUUGAAGGCCGACGCUAUUCCUGAAGAUAGCGUUAAAGCUGUUGCUGAGACUCUGAGGAAAUCCACCACUCUCAAGAUUUCCGAAGACGGGGAAAAGGUUGGUAGGGCUACCGAAAUCCUGAAGCCCGAGGAGGUUAUCGAGCAAGUAGAUAUUAGGACAGUAGCCACUGCACCGCUUGAGUUUGAUGUGAAGCUUGAGGAUGUUGAAACAUUUUUCGGACAAUUCGGCAAGGUUAACAGCGUGAGGCUGCCUCGUCAUGUUGCAGAUAAAAAGUUGUUCUGUGGGACUGCUUUGGUUGAGUUUUCAACAGAGGAAGAUGCCAAUAAGAUUCUCACCGAAACUUUGAACUAUGGAGGUGUUCAGUUGGAACUAAAACCAAAGAAGGAAUUUGACACUGAAAGAGCAAAAGAGACAGAAGAAUAUGAGAAGACUCGACCACUCACAAAUUCAAAUCGCAAGAAUAACGCAAAGCCAGAGGAAGACUACCCUAAAGGCUUGAUUGUUGCAUUUACGUUAAAGAGCUCAUCAGAUAAAGAUUCUGCUGAGAAAAACGGUACUCCUGAAGAAACAAAAAAGGAGGCAGGAGAUGUUAACGCGGAGGAUGGUGAGAAGGAUAAUAAGGAAAAUGUUGAUGAGAAAAAUAGUUUGGAUGGUGAAGAGAAGAAAACUGAAGAUGGGGAAAAGCCUUCUGAAGGAGUAAAGGAGGGAGAGAAGGAAGAAAAACUUAAUGCUGUAGAAACUUACAAAGAUAACAUGGAUGUUGUUAUGCGUGAGGAUUUGAAGAUCCUAUUCGGAAAAUUUGGCACUGUAAAGUACAUUGACUUCAAGAUUGGAGAAGUAUCAGGAUUCGUUCGGUUUGAAGAACCCGAAGCAGCUCAUAAAGCACGUGCUGCUGCAGUGCUUACUGAGCUAGGAGGUCUUGUUGUGAAAAAUUUCAUUGCUACUUUGGAACCAGUCAGUGGUGAGGCUGAGAAGGAGUACUGGAAGAAUUUCCGCGGUAGUCAAGAGAAGUUCCGCGAAAGCAAGGGUGGCAAUCGUGGAAGGGGUGGCAAAUACCAUAGGGGUGGUCACAAACACGGCCGUUCAAGGGAUGACAACAAUGGAGGUCGCCCAAACAAACACAGGAAGUUUUGAGCUCCAUCAAUUCAAGCUGCUUCCGGGAUCAAUUUUGUGCAAUACCGGAGUGUAGGCGAAAUCAGCGUUUUGAUCUCCUAGUGUUCCUAGCUAUAAGUUCAUUUUUUUGAUAAACUGUGAACAAUAAUAUAUUCCAUUCCCUGUUAGUGUAACUUGAACAAAUAAUCUAAAUCAAGCUUUUGCCCCUUCUCCUUGA